CUUGCUCACCAUCUAAGCACAAGAUAUUUCGUAUUAAACUCUGCCGCUUAUCAGCUUCUACCGUUUAAACUAUGCUGUGGCGCUUCUUCAUUUUUGCUUGGCUGUACAAACCCCACCCAACGUUCAUUCUAUAAAUCGUGAUAUCACCUCCCUUCAUUGCUCCAUCACAUUCACACCCCCAAAAGCAAAGCAAAAGCCAGGCAUAAAGCUGAGAACUUUCAUUCAGACAUUGAAAGAAAACGCAACCCAAAAUAGCCUCUUUUUCUUUUCUCAUGCCAUAAUCAUUCUACACUGAAAAAGUCUCUCCCUUUCACACCCGGGGAAGGAAGAGAAAAACACUCCAACUCAGAUCCAUUCUUUGGUUGCUCGUUUCUUGCCCCAAUGGCAGAGUCAAGGAGGUACAUUUCCCAAGCAGAGCUUGAAGAGCACAAAAAACCAGGAGAUCUAUGGAUCUCUAUACAGGGCAAGGUCUAUGAUGUCACUCAAUGGAGUCAAGACCACCCUGGAGGGGCACUUCCAUUGCAAAAUCUGGCUGGCCAAGAUGCUACUGAUGCAUUUGUAGCCUAUCAUCCAGGCUUAGCUUGGCAAUAUCUUGACAAGCUCUUUACUGGGUAUUAUCUCAAAGAUUACUGUGUCUCAGAGGUAUCCAAAGAUUAUAGAAAACUCCUUGGUGAGUUUUCAAAGAUGGGUCUUUUUGAAAAGAAGGGACACGGGGCAUGCAUUUCACUUUGUUUCAUAACAUUGCUGUUUUUUAUCAGUGUUUAUGGUGUUUUAUGCUGCAGCACCACUUGGGCGCAUCUUUGUUCUGGUGGAUUAUUGGGAUUCUUGUGGAUACAGAGUGGGUGGAUUGGACAUGAUUCUGGGCAUUACCAGGUUAUGUCCAACAGAAAAUUCAAUAGACUUGCUCAGAUCCUUACUGGGAAUUGCCUUGCAGGGAUCAGUAUUGGUUGGUGGAAAUGGAAUCACAAUGCUCAUCACAUUGCUUGUAAUAGUCUUGAUUUCGAUCCAGAUCUUCAACACAUACCAUUUUUCGUGGUAUCUUCGAAGUUUUUUCAUUCACUCACAUCUUAUUUUUAUGAAAGGAAGAUGAAUUUUGAUUCUGUUACUAGGUUCUUGGUUAGUUACCAGCAUUGGACAUUUUAUCCUGUAAUGUGUUUUGCUAGGAUUAAUCUAUUUGCACAAUCUUUCGCAUUGCUGUUAUCUAAGCGGAAGGUACCAAAUAGGGGUCAGGAGAUUUUGGGGCUUCUUGUUUUCUGGACUUGGUAUCCGCUACUUGUUUCUUGCUUGCCUAAUUGGGGUGAGAGAGUGAUGUUUGUGGUUGCUAGUUUCUCUGUGACUGGAAUUCAACAUAUUCAGUUCUGUUUGAAUCAUUUCUCAUCGAGUGUUUAUGUUGGACCUCCUAGUGGGAACGAUUGGUUUGAGAAGCAAACUGGUGGGACACUCGAUAUAUUGUGCUCAUCUUGGAUGGACUGGUUUCAUGGCGGUUUGCAGUUCCAGAUUGAGCACCAUUUGUUUCCAAGGUUGCCUCGGUGCCAUCUCAGGAAAAUUUCGCCAUUCGUUAAGGAUCUAUGCAAGAAACACAGUUUACCAUACAACAGUGCAUCAUUUUGGAAGGCUAAUGCAAUGACAAUAGGGACUCUUCGAUCAGCAGCCUUGCAGGCUAGGGAUCUCACCAACCCAGUUCCAAAGAACUUAGUUUGGGAAGCGGUUAACACUCAUGGGUGAGAUGGAAAAUGUGAAGCUCUCUAAGUUUUGCUGCUGGAGUUAUUUAGGCCAACCAUGAAUUGUGUAUAAUAACUUCAGUUCGAAUGAUAUCUGAGGGUGGUUAUCCAUGGUUUGUGUGUAAGAAUAAUCACCUUUGUCUUUUUCCUUGGAGGCUUCAACUAUUUGUAAUUGAGCUGCAUGUUUAUGGAUCAGCUUAUGUUUUUAUCAUUAGGUCUUUAAAAGUUGCAUACUUAUUCCUGUAGGCUGAUACAAUUUUCCUCUGUUCAUGCUGAAAAGUGCAGCCAAGGUUAAGUUGGAACUUGGAACUUGAAUGUAAAAUAUUGCAUCUAUUUUAGUGAUUUAUUUUGAUAGGCUCUGGUCGAUUCGUAUGAUUGUUUGAGAGUUUCUCAAAAUCAAUAGAUGUAACAUUUGAUGUUUUUCAAUGCCUAAGUCAAUUUGGAAUUUGAAGAUG